ACUGUGUGUCCAAAGGUCGUUGUCGAAUUCCACACUCCUCGUGAACAAUCUCGACGCAAGAGAGAGAGAGAGAGAGAGAUAGAGAGAGAGAAAUGGAGGUAGGAUCGGAGCCUACUCGGAUAAUGGUGGGAGUGAACGAGUCGACGAUCAAGGGCUAUCCUCAUGCUUCCAUCAGCAGCAAAGGAGCUUUCGAGUGGACCCUCAAGAAGAUCGUCCGCUCCAAUUUCUCUGGCUUCAAGCUCCUUUUCCUCCACGUCCAAGUCCCCGACCAAGACGGUUUCGAUGACAUGGAUAGCGUCUAUGCAUCACCUGAUGAUUUUAAGAGGAUGAACCGCAAAGACAUGAUAAGAGGGCUUCAUCUGCUGGAGUACUUUGUGAAUAGAUGUCAUGAACUUGGGGUUCCUUGCGAAGCAUGGCUUAAGAAGGGUGAUCCUAAGGAAGUAAUCUGCCAUGAAGUGAACCGAGUCCAACCAGAUUUCCUUGUUGUCGGAAGCAGAGGUCUUGGCCCUUUUCAGAAGGUUUUUGUUGGCACUGUGAGUGAAUUUUGUGCCAAGCAUGCUGAUUGCCCUGUCAUCACUAUCAAACGCAAGGCUGAUGAGGCUCCUCAGGACCCGGUCGAUGACUGAUUGAACCGUGAUAUGCUUUGUUCUUGUAGAUGUCUUGUAUAUGAAAUUCUUCCAAGUUUGUUCUCCAAUGUAAGAGUAUACUUCUUUUCCGGGAAAAUAACUAAUCAGAAAAUUUAACUUCCA